UAAUCUAUUUCCACAGAGUUGAAAUUUUUAAAAAUUUAUACCUAGCUAGGCGUUGUACGGCGUUCAACUGCAAGAAUGGAGCUUGUUCUCGUUUUAUUGCUAACACUUCCAGGAUUGAACGCUGCAACGGUGAGGGAUAUCGUGAGAAUAGAGCACUUCGGAAACUGCAAAAACGUAGUCAGGGGAAAACACAACUACUACGACAACAUCACCUUGAUAAGCCUGGGAAGGGGCUCGUACGGCGUCAACACGGAUUACGAAGUGAUAAUGAGCGCAAAGAAAAUUUUGGCGACGUACGAGGUUUUUAAAUGCCCGAGCAACUCGGCCACAAACUGCGAGCAAUUCGGCAACUUCAAGCAUAACGACUUCUGUCCAAAACUGGAAGAAAAGGGCCAAUUUUGGUCGCCGAUUUUCGAAAACACACGUCCACCUUUGAAGUGCCCGUUUAAAAAGAUUACGUAUCAACUGAGGAAUGCGACCUUCGAUGUUCACACCCUACUGACUUUUGUCAAGUUCAUCCCUGAUUUUUCCAAUUUCUAUUGGCUGACCAAAACAUAUUAUUGGACCACUCCUGGUAAACAGAUGAUGGAGUGCAAGUCGGUUGUUUUCAAAACGACCAAGAUUCGCGUUUGAUUUUGUAUUCACUGUUUUUUUUUUUAAUUGUGCACUAGAUUUUAUUGGGAACACAAUCAGCUUUUCUAACUUUACGAGCUUGACGGAUAUUAAAAAUUACGUUUAUUAAAAAAAAGUUUCAAUAUUUUUUUAAACAUGAAAUCGUAACCACCUACAUG